UGGCUGUUUUGUAUGGUGAUUAUUUAAAUACUGUAGUAUAAAAGCCGCCAUGCAAAGCCAUAGUUAGUUCAUUCUUUGCUUUGAUCUUGUCCGGUGAAUUUCGGAGUUCAUCGCGUGUCUUAAAAAUUCUUUUCGAAUUCCAAUAUUUUGAUUUGCAAAGAUGGCAGAAUCCAAAAAUUUCCUCACAAAAUUUCACUUGGAAGCUGGGAUCAGCAAGGAGGACUUUCAAAAAAUAUGGAACAAUUAUGAUACUGAUAAUAACGGCUGCAUUGAAAAAAAGGAGUUGGAGAAACUUAGUAAAGAUAUACUGAAGGACACGCCAUCUGACAUGUCGGAAAAAUAUAUGAAGCAACUAAUGACUUUUUUCGAUGUUACUGGCGAUGGAAAAUUGAAUGUCGCCGAAAUGCUCAAAACCUUCCAGGUGAAAGAGGAUGUUGCAGCAAGUAAUACAGCUUGGAAUACAUUCCUAGGACAAUUCCGCUCAGAAACUGGAAUAAGUACUGCAGAUUUCAUGAAAAUAUGGAUGAAGUACGACACGGAUAAAAAUGGCUACAUUGAAAAAGGAGAGCUCCACGGUUUUCUAAAGGAUUUGAUGAAAGAAAAGGAAGCUGGUGGAACUCUCGAAGAAUACAAAGCUUGCAUUCUGCAGAGAUUCGACUGGAAUAUGGAUGGAAAAUUGGACCUAAAAGAAAUGUCCCGACUGUGCCCAGUGGAAGAAAAUUACAUAGAAAAAUUAAAGUCUGCAGGAUCUUUUUCCAAGGCGAACUUCGAUAAAAUAUUUCAACACUAUGAUCGGGAUAACAAUGGAUCAGUUGAUGGCACUGCAUUACAGGGAUUCUUGAAAGAUUUAUUGGAAGCAUCGGGCUUUGGCGGUAAUAUGGAACAAAUUGAGUCAUAUGCGGUUGCACUGAAAGACACGUUUGAUGAGAACAAUGACGGCAAGUUCCAGAAGGACGAACUUAUGAUGGUACUUUCCAUCUUUGCCUAGUAGUACGGCCUAUACAUUACGACCUACAUAAGGAUCUACACCGAUUAAUGAAACCGCUUAUGAAUUAUUAACUAUUACUAUUACGGUACAUAGUCGAACGUUUAUUCAUGAAUAAAAGAGCAAUAAUGACAAUUUA